GCCAAGCACCAUCCUGUGGGACAUCCCUCAAUUGAUUUCUGUUAGUUUGUGGCAAUCUCAAUUCCCCAUUACUUCCCACUCAUAUACACCAAUAGUGACACGACGGCAAAGCGACCAAUGAUCAUCAUGGCCUCCUUCACGGACAUAACAUGCACACCAUAUAACCCUCGAGGCAUUCGAUUGGUACCCGCUGCGGCCUCGAGCCACGUCGCCUAUAGGUCGGCCUAUCAUCGAAUCAGAUCAAUCCAUAGCCAACGCCGCGAGCAAUACCAGUCGUGGCAACAGUUGGAGGAAGACCAGGCACAGCCACACGGCAGAUCACCAUUCCUAGAGUCUGUCACUAGCAAAGCCAGUAGCGAGGGUUCAGACAAGCCAGCCCACGAGGAAGGCAAGGCAGGCUAUCAUGCCUACCAUAGAGACUUACCGGCCCACGACGCCGACGAUAACGAUCUCGAAAUAGAGAUCGAAUACAACAUCUGGCUCCUAAUGUACCCGAUUAUCGAGGCGUGCGCCCGCAAGCCAGGUAUCAUCCGCAUCAUGAACCCGCCCGACAGCUGGGAAGGGCUCGAGUUCAUGGACAGCGACUACAGCCUCGGCGAGGGCCCCGGCGUCAAAUACCCCGGCACCACCGUGCUGGUAUUGGUUCGCAAGCCACGCCAGGCCUACAUGAAGCUCACCGAGUUCUGGGCCCGCGAGAUCAAGCCCACCAAGGACUUCGUCCAGAAGCCUCUCAACACGCGCGACGGCACUAGGCUCAUCGACCAUACCUCCGUCCAUCGCUGGGCCAUGGGAAUUAACGAGAAUCGAGCCUUUGACGCGUUUACUGAUGGCCGUCUGGAUACCAAGCCCAUCCCAUACCCUGAUCCACGUCCCCGCCCGCAUGUCCGCCUCUGUCCAUGUCGCUUUUGCCGUUGAGGUGCAUACGGACGUUUUACAUGUGGGUAACCCACCCGCCUACCAACUAAGAUAUUUAGGUACUUGACGAUCGUGGAAUGUGGCGGCCUGUUUUGAGGCCCACUAUCGACUGAACUGAACAUGAACCGUAUAAAAAGAAGGAGGGGAAGGAGGGGAAGGAGGGGAAAGGUUGAAGAAUGUGGUGGAGUAGGCCAUGGGCAGUAUUGAGGAUAAGGACGAGGGACCUUGACCGGGAAGGAGAUUCAUAUCUGCGAGAUAUCUGGAUCGGCCGGAAUCAGAGGUGCUAACGAAUUACGGACUCCUGUACAUAGUACUCUAGUUUCCCUUCAUCCACUGUUCUAAAACUCGAUGU